AAAGUUUAAAAAAAUGAUAAAGCAAACAAGCACAUAGAAUUUCUACACCUAUAAGUUUCAAAGCAAAACGCAAAUUGUAAAGCACAGCCAUAGCUCAUCCUGUUUAUUUGUUGUGCAUUGUUUUAAGAGCAUUAUCUCCUUCUUGCUCCCUCCACUAAGAUGGCUGUUGAGUACUAUGAUUUUGGGCCUUACAAGAUCCACCAUAGCUCAGUGUUUCAUACAACUGAUCUUUCCUUUGCCUUUGUCAACCUGCGUCCAGCGGUGCCUGGUCAUGUGGUUGUCUGUCCAAAGCGCGAAGCGAAGCGUGUGGCUGAUCUCACGGCUGAAGAGAAUAUUGAUUUGUGGACCAUAGCACAGAAACUUGGUAGGCAGCUUGAGAGCUACCAUGAGGCAUCAUCACUUACAUUCUGUAUCCAAGAUGGACCUCAAGCAGGGCAAUCUGUACCUCAUGUUCAUAUCCAUCUCCUUCCCAGGAAAAGUGGUGAUUAUGAGAACAAUGAUGACAUUUAUGAUGAUAUAAAUGAAAAGGAGAAGGAAUUGAAACGAAAGCUUGAGGUGGAUAUAGAGAGGAAAGAUAGGAGCCUUGAAGAGAUGGCUCAAGAGGCUGAUGAAUACAGAAAAUUUGUCUUUUGAGGCUUUUUAAGUGGUGCAAGAAAUAAAAUAGGAAAAAUCACCUAAUGGAAAUUUGGAUAAAACAUAUUGAGUAAUGUAGGAACAAUGUUUGAUUGUUCUGCCUUUCAUAAUAAAGGAUCAAGUACUUUCUAGUAAUCUAAGAGGAACUUCUUCUCUUGCUUUGUAACUUCGAGUUAUAUACUGGUGUUAAAUAUUAUGCAGGUUGCUUGACAGUUUGAUGCAACUCAUUUGGAA